GGGAGGCGGUUGAGGCUGAGGCCCAGGCUGAGGCCUCGGAGCGGCGCCGAGCUGAGCUCCGCUCCCUCCCUCCCUCCCUCCCGGCCGGCCGGCAUGUGUUUCCCCUUGGCCCCGGGCCCACGCGACAAGGUUCGCCGGGCACUGAGCGAAGUGUUCGGGUUUGAGUCUUUCCGGUCGGGCCCGCAGGAGAGUGCGGUUAGAGCCGUGUUUCGAGGUGAUAAGGACGUCUUUGUCUCCAUGCCAACGGGAGCAGGGAAAUCACUGUGCUACCAGUUACCGGCUGUGCUCGCCCCCGGCAUUACUCUCGUCAUCUCCCCGCUGAUCGCGCUUAUCCAGGACCAGAUUGACCACUUGAGGGUCUUGAAGAUUCAAGCAUGCUCCCUGAAUUCCAAGCUACCCGCUGAGCAACGAAAAUCUAUCUUGGUGGAUCUAAUGAGUGAAAAGCCUGCUACCAAACUGCUUUACAUUACCCCGGAGAUGGCUGCUGCGAACAGUAUGCAGCCCAUCAUUACCUCCCUCCUGGCUCGUAAACUCAUGUCUUACUUUGUUGUCGAUGAAGCCCAUUGUGUGUCACAGUGGGGCCACGACUUUCGUCCAGAUUACUUGAAACUUGGGACCUUCCGGGUCAAGAUUCUAGGUGUACCCUGUGUGUCUCUGACUGCCACAGCUACCCGUCAGGUACAAGAGGACAUUGUGAGCUCUCUUAAACUAAAAGAGCCCAUUGCAGUCUUCAAGACCCCCUGCUUCAGGGCUAAUCUCUUUUAUGAUGUCUUGUACAAAGAGAUCCUGAGCGACCCACAUACAAAUCUGAAGGAGUUCAGCCUGAAGGCUUUGGGAAAGAUGAAUAACAAAGGGGUGUGUAACAAGCAAUACAAUGGCUGUGGCAUUGUUUAUUGUCGGACCAGAGAUAUGUGUGAAGUGGUGGCUGGAGAGCUGACCCACAGAGGGGUAGAAGCCAAAGCCUAUCAUGCAGGGUUAAAAACCUCAGAGCGUACAGAGGUGCAGAAUGAGUGGAUGCAGGGCAAAGUGCCUGUCAUCGUUGCUACUAUCAGCUUCGGCAUGGGAGUGGACAAGGCCAAUGUCCGGUUUGUUGCUCACUGGAAUAUUGCCAAGUCUAUUGCUGCUUAUUACCAAGAAUCUGGCAGAGCGGGGAGAGAUGGAAAGCCUUCAUACUGUCGACUCUAUUAUUCCAGGGUAGAGCGGAAUCAAGUCAGCUUCCUGAUCAAGAAGGAAAUCACUAAACAUCAGACUAAGAGUGGCUCUCUGCAAAAUUCUGACAAAGCCUCCAUGGUCGGGUUUGAGACUUUGGUUUCUUUCUGUGAGCAAUCUGUGUGUCGCCACGCAGCCAUUGCCAGAUACUUUGGGGAUUCGGUGCCAGCUUGCAAUCGAGCAUGUGAUUUUUGCAAGACCCCAGAGAUUGUCAGUAAGCAGCUGGAUUCUCUCCAUAGACUGGAUCUCUGCAAGGCCCAAGCAUCCAUCCAAGAGCCUCAGGGGCCGUUCGGGUACAUCCCUGACCUGUACGAAGGAGGAAGGAAGGGAUAUGGCUUUGCAAGAUAUGAUGAUGAAGACCAGGGCGAUGGAUCGGAUGAAGAAUAUAAGAGAAAAAAGGAAUGGAACUCGUUUUACCAGCACCAGAUGAAGAUGCGUAAAAACAAGGAAGCUGAGAAGGAUAACUUUGUCUCACCAGAUCUUGACUGCCCUCUCCAAGAUGCAGCCAGUCAGAAAAUACCCAAACUUACUGUGAAGACACGAGAGCAUUGCCUGUCCAUGCUGGAAGAAGCACUGACCAGUAAUCAACAGCAGGGAGCAGCAGAACUCAGCGGAGCCCACCUUCUCUCAUACGCAGUGGAAAUGGAGUCCAAAGCUUUCAAAGCCAGCCGGUUAGCGAAUUCAUACAAAGCCACGGUACUGAAAAAGGUCGGAGAGAUCCAUAAAUCAACCAAAAAUGGGGAGUUGUUCUCAGUGAUAACAGCAGGAGCAGACCCUACAGCCUCAAAGAUGGUGAGGGUGGAUAGCAUGGAGGACUGUGAAGGCUUCACUUCUGCAUCUCACCUCCACUGUUUUAAGCAAGAGCGAUUUGGAGAGGGGAGUCUGAUCUCAUGCAGCAAAUUCCAGACUGCAAGAGAAGUGCUGAAGAGUUCUGCGCUUGCAGAUAGUGGCAAGCAGAAGGGAAAUCGGUCCGAGGAGCCAGGUGACUGCCUGAAGAGAACUGGGAACGAGGAAGGUGUCGGAAAGACCAAUGUAGAUUGUUGUGAGGGACCAGCCCAAUCUUCCUCUUUCUGUCCCAGUUUCGGGAAGAAGAAACUCACCAAAAAAACAUUGCAGCUGGUGGAGAGUGCCAAGAAGGACUCGCAGUCCAUUACCAAGUUCUUCCAGCAGAAAAUAUUAGCGAAGGUGGCAGAGGCUUCAGACGAGCAAGGCAGUCAGGGCGGCAAUGACCUUGUUACUGACACACAAGCGAAAGAGGACCUUAAGAGAGGAUCCAAUUGCACUGUGACUGCAGGAAAAGCGACUUGCCCAGAUCUGGAUAAAGUAACUAAGACUGUAAGCAUGGAGAGACUCAAAACCACUUUAAGAUCAGCCCCACCAGUCGAGUGCAGAGAACACAGUGUGUCCCGUGAACAUGUGGUGAGAGGCCUGAGUGCCAUAGGGAGCAGUAUGAGGGAAGUUGCCAUCGGUGUAGCCAGUGAAAUGGAAGACACUUUCCCCUCAGCGUGUAAGAAGAGACGAACAUCAACUGAAGGAGUGGCAGAUCCAUGCCUAAAACGCCAGCGAACCGGAAUAAAUGGUUCCAACGUUUGUCCUGCGGUCAGUAAAGGCAGUCAAAGGAAGGUCACCUUUGACUUUGUUCAACCAGAAAAAGGGAACAGUUGUUCGGUGCCUGCAACUGCGCCUGUGCUGAAAGGGGAACAGCUCAAGCAGACAGCUGACAUUGUAGUCAAAUAUCUGACCCCCUUUUACAAGGAAGGAAGGUUUGCUUCUAAGGAACUCUUCAAAGCAUUUGCUCGACAUCUCUCUCAUUUACUGGCCGAAGAGAACUUGAAGAGAAAUGUUAAAGAAGAAGCCCAGCGACUCAUCCAGGCCUUUUUUAAACGCUGCAGGAAAUGUGUGAGUGAGAACGACUGGAGAAGUCUACAGUCAUCAUAGCCAACAGACACACUCAAGGCUGUUUGGAAGCUGGUUGUAUUUUGUGUUAAUGGUCUGAAUGUUAAAUUAAAUGCCUUCAGCAUUCAGUUGCUUAUUCUCAGGUACUGAAAAUUGAGAUCAAGGUUGAUCUAUGCAGUCCAGCUAGUCAUUUAAUUGCUCUUUAACGGCUCUCCGCAUUUUCUCUUUGGAGGGCUCUCCUCCGAUGGAUCAGCGGACAUACUUCCUGUAGGUCCAGUAUUAUUGUUAUUAUUACUAUUAUUUGGAAAUUAAUGAGGCUGCUAAUCUGUACCAAAAUAAAGUUUAUUUUUGAACAGUUUUGUUGGA